AUGCCAUCAUCCGACGAUCCUCCGGCCUUGCGCUGCCCAUGCCAGCAAACCUUCCAAGGCUCCGGGGCGCCCAGCCGCAGCGUGACCGCACCAACACACAAAAAAACCCUAGUCCCACAACGAACAUCCCAAAUUGACCCGGUCCAUCUUCAAUCCUCACUGUCGACAAUACCCGUACGACACGACACGAAGCCGCCCACCAUGUCGACAUCCAAGGUCAAGGCUGGUCAGCUCUGGGGAAAGAGCAAGGAAGACCUUUCCAAGCAGCUGGAGGAGUUGAAGACCGAGCUUAGCCAGCUCCGUGUCCAGAAGAUCACCGGCGGUGCCUCGUCCAAGACCCUGAGAAUCCACGACGUUCGCAAGUCGAUCGCUCGCGUUCUCACCGUCAUCAACGCCAACCAGCGCUCCCAGCUUCGUCUGUUCUACAAGAACAAGAAGUACCUUCCUCUCGACCUCAGACCCCGCCUCACCCGUGCUCUCCGCCGCAGACUCACCAAGCACGAGGCCACCAUCAAGACCGACAAGCAGAGAAAGAAGGAGAUCCACUUCCCCCAGCGGAAGUUCGCCGUCAAGGUAUGA